UAAAACCUCGAUACAAGAUGGCGGACGACGACUGCGAUAAUCUCGACAGUUGGGAGAAUCAAGCGGAUAGUGGGGCGCUUGACAAACGUCUGGAGGAAAUCUCUAUCGGACUGCAGAGCAAGGAGAACAAGCAGAAACAGGGUCCCAUUGUGAUGUCUACUGAAGACAACGGACGUUCUCAGUACCAGCCGCAGGUUCGGAUCUUACGAAGGGAAGCGCCGUCCCCAGCCACACCGUCGCCGAACCACAGCAACAGCACAGGGUCCAUGGCCCCGCCCGGAUCGUCCAAGCACUCUAAGUCAUUACAGCAGAGGGAGGUGGAGUACGCCGAGGCGCGACUCAGGAUCUUCGGGUCCCUGCCCCCGCCGGACAGCGACGGAGAGACGGAGGAGAAAGGUGGCAGUGGCGACAACCAUAUAGCGCAGCCAGGCCCCCCUCAAAUCGUCGGACCUCCGACCUCCGGCCCUCAGAUGUCUAUCUUGCGACAACCGCGGGGCCCGGAUGGAACCAACGGCUUCGGCAAGCAGGACCUAACAUAGCGUCUGCCCGGUGGAACUUUGCGUCUUUCAGCACUAUUGCCAGUGUGUGUACAAAUCUGUGUAUCUUUGUUACUAAAAUGGAGAGAGAGAGAGAGAGA